UGAACCUGCGGUAAGGCAGGCUGAGGGCGCAGGGAUUGGCUCCGGGGGUCCUGGAAGGGCCUCGGGGGUUGGGGUCAGGGCCAGGCAGGCUCUCACAAUGGGCUAGAACUCUGCCUUCCUCUGAGUUCUCAUCCACUUUGACUCCUCUCCCUGUCUCAGGGAGGGGAGGUAGGACUUAGGAUGAGUUGUCAGUGAAAGCUUUCCCCCUGGAUUCUCUAUUUCUUUCUUCUCGGCUGUGCCUGAAGCCCCCAAGAGACCCCUCAGGUGGUGGCCACUGGCCUGCAGCCUGUUCCCUUCCACCCUUGGUACCACGUGCUUGUCCUGCCCCCUACUUGGUGCUCGUGUAUUGGGAGAAAUGGCUGCGGUAAUGAGGUUCUUCCGAUGGAUUUGGCGAAAGAUUACUCGCUGGGUUUUCUUCUGGAAACACAAAGCUAAGUCCACCGUCUUGGAACACUCUGACUCCCAGAAAAGUGUAGUGAAGGUGGAGAAGACUCCCAAAGUGACUGACAGGUUCAAGUUGGUUGAGCCUUGCGAGGAGGCUAAGGUCUCUAAGACCGGGGAGACCCCCAAGGCAGCCGAUGUCUUCACGGUGGUCAAAUCAGCGGAUCACGCCGAGGUGGAGCAGAAACGUGGGGGCAGAUCCCUUCUGCAGCUGCCCCGGACAGCUGUCAAGUCCGUCUCCACACUCAUGGUCUCGGCCCUGCAGAGCGGCUGGCAGAUGUGCAGCUGGAAGUCCUCUGUGAGCUCUACCUCCAUUUCCUCCCAGAUGAGGUCUGGGUCUGCUCUGGAGACGCCGGAGGCUGAGAUGCUGCGGGAAGUCUACCUGGUGCUGUGGGCCAUCCGGAAACAGCUGCGACAGCUGGCCCGUAGGCAGGAGAGGCGGAGGCGGCGCCACAUCCGGGCCCACAGUGUCCCCCAACCUGAGGCAGUUCAGGGCCUGAAACAGGAUGCCCGGAGUCCCCUCUAGGGGGGGACCCUACAUCCUCCAAAAAGCCCCCACCUCACUGUUAGGUAAGAUUGAUAGGAGAGGUUAGGGCAGCGGGCUGGGAGUUGUGGGUGAGGAGAAGUUUUCAUACUGUCACCUCUCAUCGGGACCCCAAGUCCAGGCCUGGGGUCCCACUUAUUCCCCUUCAUUCCAUUUAUUCAAUUUGUAAAAAAAAAAAAAAAGAAAAAAGAAAGUU